CUGGCUGGCGAGCGCAAUUUCGCCCGAAAAGCGCCGGCUGCUGCGUCCCGACUCUGCGCGUCCGAGGCGCCCGUCUUGCGCGCCCCUGUUUCCCCUGCGCUCUCCAAUAGGGAGCGGUAGGAGCACCUUUGCAGACCUCCCCGCUUGGCGCUCCGAGAGCGGGGAAGUGAUUCCCUCCCCGGCGCCAGCGCCUCGGCAGCAGCAGCCUUCGAUUUCUCCCGCUCUUCUGGAGAUCCACCCCCGGCGGAUCUCAGCAGCCGAGGCGUCGGCGUCGGUUCUCCCUCCUUCCUUCCUUCCACCUCGCUUCGCCCGCCGGGUCUUGCGGCUGGGGCUGCCUCUCCCCAGACGCGCACGGACGCCGCGGGCGGAGGAGAGCGCGCUUAGCUGGGAUGGCAGCGGGUGCCGCGCGGGGCUGAAGCCGGAGCGGCGCCCGCCAUGGCCAAGCAGUACGACGUGCUCUUUCGCCUGCUGCUCAUCGGGGACUCGGGCGUGGGCAAGACCUGCUUGCUGUGCCGCUUCACCGACAACGAGUUCCACCCUUCGCACAUCUCCACCAUCGGAGUCGAUUUUAAAAUGAAGACUAUAGAAGUAGAUGGCAUUAAGGUCCGAAUACAGAUCUGGGACACUGCAGGUCAGGAGCGAUACCAGACCAUCACGAAGCAGUACUACAGGCGAGCCCAGGGGAUAUUCUUGGUGUACGACAUCAGCAGUGAGCGCUCAUACCAGCACAUCAUGAAAUGGGCCAGUGAUGUAGAUGAGUAUGCCCCAGAUGGCGUCCAGAAGAUCCUCAUUGGGAAUAAAGCAGACGAGGAGGAGAAGAGGCAAGUAGGCAAAGAGCAAGGCCUCCAGCUGGCCAAGGAGUAUGGCAUGGAUUUCUAUGAAACAAGUGCCUGCACCAACGUAAACAUCAAAGAGUCUUUCACUCGUCUGACAGAGCUGGUCCUGCAGGCCCACAAGAAGGAGCUGGACGGACUCCGCACGUAUGCGGCUGAUGAACUGAACCUGGUUGAGCUGGAGGAGGAGGCAAGCAAGCCAGAGGGCACAGAGCACUCCCCCAAGACCUGCUGGUGCUGAAAGCCUCCCAGUGCUCUUCCUUUUCUUCUGUCCCCCAGUGCAGGCAGAGAGGCUGCCACCUAGAGAGGGCUCCAUCUCUUUGGUCUCUGGUUGCCUGCCUGCCUGCCUGCCUGCCUGCCCACUCUCUGCCCUGCUGGAUCCUCUUUGGAUUUCCUGGUGUUUCUCCUUGAUUGGUGAUUUCUGUUGUUCCCCCAAACUCCCUGGAUCCAAAUCUCUCUUCGGGGGGGCUCACAAUAUGCAGAACAUCACCCCGCCACCUUUGCGGAAGAGCUGUGGUUGGCGAUCGCAGCAGCCGAGGCCCAUUCAGCAGCCUCUCAACCUCCAGGUGCUCUGCAGCCUUGCCCUUUUCCAGGGGGCAGCUGAGCCGGUUGGGUUCUGUGCCUGGGUGCAACUAGGCCUGUCCUCUGAGAACAGGGCGCUCAAGGAGGGAGGAAUGUCCCGCUUCAUUCACUCUCCUCCAGACAAACCGUUUGCUUGCACACCCUCAAUAGCAGGCCUGCUGAAGGCUUGUCCGUUUGUGUCCGCCCCCCGCCCCCCAUACAUUGCCUUGCCAUUUCAGCAUCUGCCCUAAUGCCUGCACAGCUUUGUGCAGGGUUGUGGCUUUGCAGCUGUAUUGGAUACAGUGUCUUGUACAUACCUGGCUGCCUGGAGGUUGUUGUUUAAAAAAACCUCUCACCAUGGCACCUCGCCAAAUUGGGGCUUAUUCCAAAGUGCGCAGUGGCAUCUCUUGCCCUGCUAAGUGUAAGCUGCUGGGAGCAGCAAGAGUCUAGCCCUGCUGGGAAUGGGGUAGGAUGAUGGAAAUUUGGGGCUUUAAAUUCAGACUCGCCUUACCAGUUGCAAAGAAUGUUUGCUUCUUCCCAGGCCAAACUAGGCUCCCAUUUUGUAACUCCUUGGAGCCUUGUCUUGCACACCAAGCAAAAUCCUUGCCUACUAUUAUUUACUCGAAGAUUUUUGUAGGGCAUCUUUGCUUGGCUCCCCUUGGGUAUCCCUGGUGGUGCAGGUACAUGAGGCACCUGCUUAGCCUAUAUCCCUGCACCAACGGAGGCAGAGAGCCCACCCUAUCUGUGUGUCACCUGUGUGGAACUGGCUUUGAGAGCCCCCUUGGAAUGACUUUCCCAACUAUUCACCAAAGCGCUGAUAUGGAAACACACUGUAAUCUGUGCAUAGAGCCUUCCCUCAUUUGUUUCUUCCCACUCUUGAGGUCCAACCUGUAAGAAGUUGCUCAAGACCCUUUCGUGGGCUCUUUUUAGAAGUUCCUCCACGGAAGGAAUUUCCUUGGAAACUCAGCCUGGUAGAUUCCAGGGUAUCCAAUUUAUUUGGUUCUUUUGCCAUGUGCUGCUUAACAUGGCUUGAUCCAAGCAAACUGAAACCAGCCUGCCUGCCUGCAUGUUGUACCAGCAUCCCCCUCUCGCCUUGACAUGCUUGGCGGGGGAGGCCUAAAGACACUUGGCAGUAUGUCAUGGUAAUUCUAAUCUAUAUGCGCCUGCCUGCUCCAGAGUAGCUGCUCCCUGCGUGCCAACACCUUGGUGGGGGGGCUAAGACUCCUUUCCCUUCCUAUAUACAUGCCAGCAAUGGGCUACAUUUGCGGAUCUAGAAAGGAUGGGUGUCAACCAGAGGCUUUCUGGGUGGGAUGGCAGUGCACAAGUCCUCCUGCUGCCUAGAGAGGCUGCCUUUGAUGGAGGGGGUGGGGCUUAGGCACGAUCCAUUUGAGCAAUAGAAAAUGGUUCUUAUAUCCAUGUGAUGAUCUGCCCUUCCCUAGCCAGGUCAUACCAGAGAGCAGACUGAUCUACAUUUCCCUGCUCAUUUUUCCUCUUCCUCCUCCAGUUAGUUGUUGACUUUCUCUCUCAGAGCAGAUGAAAAAUAUUUUUACCCAGUGAAGGAGAGGAAGGAUAGUAGCAGGAAUAAAGUUGGCUGCACUGUGAUUCUUGUCCUGAAAGCAAGGGUGCCUUGAAUUUCCAAAAAAGGCUCCACUCUCAAAACCACCAGUUUUACCUCUUUCUUUGUGCUGGGUGGGUGUGAACAGGUAUCAAGCCACUGGAAAUGUAAGGGGGAAACAUUGAAGUUCUACACACAGUGCCUGUUGUUGGCAGGAGCAGCUCUCCUGUAGCCACAGUCCCCUGGGAAGACCCCAGUCCCAGGGUCUGGGAAGAAAGAGGCACAAAGCGGCUUGACCGCAAGGGACCGCUUCCUGCAAGACCUAGUGUGAAGCUGGAGAUAUUGUAGACACUAAUUAGAGACACACAUAGCUGGUAGCCUGUUUAGUUUUUGAACUACAACUCCCACCAUGCCUGACCAUAAGGCCGUGCUGGUUGUGAUAGUAUGAGGGGAGCUGGAAUCAAACAACACCUGGAGCACCAAAGCUUCCUCCCGGCCAUGAUGUAGUAGGACCCAAAUUCUGUAAGAACAGGUGAAAAUGCAAAGAAACGAGGACUUGUGAAGGUGGGGAACUAGGCAUCUUUGCCCUGAGAGGAGGCAUGUAGAGACUGAGGGAAAUGGAUGGGCCACAACAAAGGUUGAUCUGAUUGGUUGAGGCCUUGCUGGCUUUGGUCUGCCUAGCUUGUUAGGAGGUUGGAAUGAAGACUGAGGGCCAAUCCUUGCACAGAGAGUCUACGUGGCCUGUGUUGUCUUCUCACCCCCAGCCCCUGCUCCUGUUUUCUGACUGGAUUGCACUGCACCCAAGGUGAAUGGGCAUGCUGUGAGUGCAGAAAGCAGGUUUGCACGACCACUUAAACCUACAGCGUAGAAGGCCUGUGGCAGCAUGCAGAACUGCCAAGCUAAGAUAUAAGUGUGAUGAGAAACGUGGAAUAACUCACUUGGCCUGUUCUCAGUGCAACUGGGAAACAAAAAACAACAGUGGCUAGCUAGCUGCCUGCAGAGAGAGUGGUUGUCUCAGCUGGUUCCUGGCUGUCUCUUGCACCCAGUUCUUUAAAGCUCUGUUGCUAGAGCUGCCCUCAAGGGGGUCUGUCUGAAAGGAUCGAAGAGAGGGAUGUCAUUCUGUCCCUGAAAUGAGCACAGGAGGCUUCCCAGUAUCUCUGGCUCUGCAAGCUAGGAGGGCCCAAAGAUGUCCCCACUGUAGCUCUUCCUUGCCUGCUGCAAUUCAGCAUCACAUCGGCGCCGCUUGCUCCACCUAGGAUCUAAGACCAUAUCCCACCAAUAUAAUAGAAGCUGGGCUGCUGAUGCUGUUAACUAUAACGCACAAACUACUAGACUCCAAUGUAAUCUUCACAACACACAAGACCAGAAAGGGGAACAGGUGAGGAGCUCUUUGCCUUGCUUAUGGCGUGAACUGGAGUCCUUAUUGUGUAGAGUCAUCAAUGGCCUCUUAACUGGGUUGAACUCACAAACAAGUGGUUGACGAAGCCUCUGGCUCCCAACACUGAGCAAAACGAGCCACACUAACAGUGUGCAUUCUGGGUCAUUAAGACAACUCUUUCAGUGCGAGAAAAGCUCCCUAAUCAAUGCUGAUUUUUCUCUGUGCAGAUUGGAGUGGUGCUCUCAGGAGGCCACAAAGUGCUUCUUGGUCUCAGGCCAGCGCUUGGGGAAGGGAGGAUGAGUCUGGGAAUCUAGCACUCCAGUAUUCUGAGGCUGCCUCCGUCCUGUUGAGUCACGGAUCAUUCUGUCUGUAGCGGAAACCGUUGCAUAUAAACUUGUCAUGGGAUCCAGCCAAACUUAGAACUUUCUGAAUCCUCUGCUGUGUCUGUAAUUUGUGGACUUUGCACUUUGACUGGGUUUCCUUGUAUGGCCUGUCAUUGUAACUCAUGAUUUUAAACAAGAAAGAUCUUUACAAAAAUAAAGAUUCUCAAAGUG